UGGCGGCCGAGGAACGGCUCGGCCCCCCCGGAGCCAUGGUGACGGCGGAGGGCGGCCGCUCCCCGCGACCAAGCCCCGCCUGCCCGCGGCCGGGCCGGGUGCGAGCGGAGGGGCGGCGAGAUGGCGGCGUCCUCGGGGCGCACGGCGGCCGGGCUUCUUAUAAGAUUUCAGACUUCAGCUUCCACAAUACGAACUCUAUCAUCAUCAAAUUCCUUUUCUCAAAAUAUUCCAGGCUGCCUGUGGAAACUGGGCCGACUGAAUCAUGUAGCAAUUGCAGUACCUAAUUUGGAGAAAGCUCAGUCCUUUUAUAAAGAUGUGUUGGGAGCACAGGUGAGCAACAUUGUUGCUCUUCCUGAACAUGGUGUCUACACUGUUUUUGUGGAGCUGGGAAAUACCAAGCUGGAACUUCUACAUCCUUUAGGAGAGAAAAGUCCCAUUGAAAGCUUUCUACAAAAAAACAAGACUGGAGGAAUGCAUCAUAUCUGCAUUGAGGUUGAUGACAUAAAAGUGGCUAUGACUGAACUGAAGGAAAAAAAGAUACGGACAUUGAGUGAAGAACCAAAAAUAGGUGCACAUGGCAAACCUGUGGUUUUUCUUCACCCAAAAGAUUGCCAUGGAGUCCUUGUGGAACUUGAGCAAGCUUGAGCUGUAAUACUCAUAAAUAAAACAACAGAUUAGUUGUGAAAUUACUGAGCUAGUGCUGGGAAUAUUGAUGUGCUAUUCAGUCUACAAAUUCACUGUAGUUCCUGUGGAUUAAGUACAGCUUCUGAGUACUGAAAUAAUGCUAUAAAUUUAGGGUUGUUAUCUUUUUUGUUCUUGUUGAUAAUCUGAUUUUCAGAAUUAAUAUGUUGACAUUUUUUGACUUCUCUUUGAUUCUAAAGACAAAUACAAGUUACAUAUGCAACAUAGUAAUUCAUGUUCUGUUGCCUCAUGUUUGCAACAUGAUUUUACCUCUGUAACCACAGAAACUGUACAGUUUCUAGGUCAACCCACGUUAUUUUGUUCUACAUUUCAGAGCAGAGACACACUUCUCAGUGACAACAAUAUAGCUUAGAUAUGCCCUUUAGAAAAAAAGGAAAAAUAAACACUUCUCUGUUUUCACCAUUCACCCACCAUCUGUGCUUCACACUAAUUGAUUGGUUCAUGCAAUAAAAAAAAAUCCUUAUGUUAUUGUAUGGGUGUCUGCAAUCAGUAAAUAAGCUUUCUUUGGCAUAAGAAUUACUGCCAUGGAAGUUAUCAUGCAUAAGUCAUCAUUUAGUUGUUUUAUGAAUGUAGGCAACGUGAGAAAAGUACCUGAAAAAUUACUUGCCUGAAAUAUGUUUCAUACUGUAAUGUACUUCUGACAUUUUAGGUUUUUUAGAUAUUGGAUAUUUGGCUUUCAAGCUUUAUCCACAGGAAGGUAACUGGGAGAGACCUGAAGAAAAAGGGAUUCAUAUUUUCACUUAUUUUAUCAAUAUGAGUUUCCUAUGCAAAAGCACUUAAAACAUCAGUGGAAAACACAAGCCAUGUAAGUUUUGGUUAUGUAUACUGUCUUUAACAUUAGAGAGCAUGCCAGCAUACUUAUGCUUUGAUAGACUGCAGUCAUAGUUUGUUGACUUAUUCAUGGAUAGACCUUACUCUAUUGAUGUAUGUUAAGCAAGUAGCAUUUGUCCUGAUCAUUGCUUUUAUAGGUUCAUUUUGACAUGUCGGCUGUAAAAACUGAAGACUUGCUGUUUCUCUCUCUAGAUUUUUUAAUACUUAACUUUUUCCUAGCUAAAUCACAAUCUAAAUUUUAUAUUUUUCUACACCGCCACAUAUACAGUAGAUAGUUUUCAGCUUGGUAUGAAGUAAGUUAAUUUUAUUCUAGGAGAAUUUUUACUUAAUGGAGAUGGAAUUAUUUGUGCUCUGUGUCCUGUUUGCUACAACAAAAUACAAGUAUAAUGUUGACCUGAGAUUUUGACAGGGCUUAAAGACAUUGAUGCUUCCUCAUAAAUUAUAC